AAACAGAAGCCUGAUAUUGUUCACAUCCGAGUUCUCUAAUAUUUAACACGAAGCACCCAGGUGCUAAUAGCUAACCUCGUUGUGCAGAAUAUCAUUUUUACUCCACCAAAAUUUAAAAACGACUUUGUUUUUAUCCGUGAAAGACUAAGAACGUCAGCUUUGGAGAUUUUCGCGGCCGUUGAAAAAGCGUUUGCUGAGUUCCAAGAAGAAAUGUAUAAUUCCAAGGAGAAAAGCACGCGGCUCAAUCGAUUGUUGGACAUUGUUACUCCACCGGAGAUCAAGAUACACCGAACAGAUGUGCAGCAGCGCUCUCUACCGGAGCCCCCAAAGAUUAAAGAGGAACAGGAGCUGUGGACCAGUCAGGAGGAAGAGCAGGUCCAAGGACUUCAGUCUGAAACUAAAGAAUCCAUAUUCACUUCUCUCAGUGCGAAUCAUGACUCUGAUCAGGAGGGCUCCUCUGAAUGUUCACAUGUUGACCAGACUGUUAAAGUGGAGGACAGAGAAGGAGACUCGGUACUUACCAACACAACUGAGAAGCAAAUCAAAGCAGAACCAGACAGUGACUCUCAGCCCAUCUCUGUUGUAGCUCCAGACUGUCCUGCAGCUCAGAGUUUGGAGGAGGAGGAACAUGGAGGAGUGCUGCUUUUACAGAACAGAACACAAAACAAUGAGGCUCUUCCAGGAGACAAUAUACCACAGGGAAGUCACACAGGAAAAACAAUACAUCAGUGUCAACAAUGUAACAAAACUUUUAUAUCUGAAUCUUAUUUUAUUAUGCACAUGAGAACACACAUGACAACACACAAAGGAGAGAAACAUUUUCAGUGUCAACACUGUAACAAACAAUUUGCUCAGAAAUGUCAUCUUGUUGAUCACUUGAGAACUCACUCAGGAGAAAAACCUUUCCAGUGUCCACAAUGUAACAAACGAUGUGCUCUCAAAGGUAAUCUUCUUAAACACAUGAGAACACACACAGGAGAGAAACCUUUUCAGUGUCAACAAUGUAACAAACGAUUUGCUGACAAAGGUAAUCUUGUUAUUCACAUGAGAAAACACACAGGAGAAAAACCUUUUCAAUGUCGACAAUGUAACAAACGAUUUUCUCAGAAAUAUAAAUUUUUUGAUCACGUGAGAACACACUCAGGAGAGAAACCUUUCCAGUGUCCACAUUGUAACAAACGAUGUACUCUCAAAGGUAAUCUUCUUAAACACAUGAGAACACACACAGGAGAGAAACCUUUUCAGUGUGAACAAUGUAACAAACAAUUUGCUGACAAGGGAAAUCUUGUUAGUCACAUGAGAAAACACACAGGAGAGAAACCUUUUCAGUGUCAACAAUGUAACAAAGUAUUUGCUCAAAAAAGGGUUCUUGUUCGUCACAUGAGAACACACACAGCAGAGAAACCUUUUCAGUGUCAACAAUGUAACAAACGAUUUGCUCACAAAGGUAAUUUUGUUAGUCACAUGAGAACACACACAGAAGAGAAUCUUUUUCAGUGUCAACAAUGUAACAAACGAUUUGCUCAAAAAUAUAAAUUUGAUGAUCAUGUGAGAACACACACAGGAGAGAAACCUUUUCAGUGUCAACAUUGUAACAAAGGAUUUGCUCAAAAAAGGGUUCUUGUUCGUCAUAUGAGAACACACACAGGAGAGAAACCUUUUCAGUGUCAACAAUGUAACAAACGAUUUGCCCACAAAGGUAAUCUUGUUAGUCACAUUAGAACACACACAGGAGAGAAACCUUUUCAGUGUCAACAAUGUAACAAAGAAUUUGCUCACAAAAGUAAUCUUGUUAGUCACAUGAGAAAACACACAGGCGAGAAACCAUAGCGUGAAUGAUGUAAUGUUUUAUGACAGAAGACCAGUUUGGUUUAUCUAAUGAGAAAUGAAAUGUUUGAAUUGCAUUACUGUCCUGUGGGUAUUCAUAUGCUUCGCUUCCUCCCUUGUUGUAUGUGCUGGUGCCAAGCAAGUAGCACCUUCCACCUUAGAUACAAUUACCUUCCAACGUAUUUACCAAAAUGUUGAUAAAAGCAGUUUUGAAAAAAAGUUUGAAAUGUUGAAUUACAGAUUUCCCUAGUAAACCUGAGAAAGUCUGAUGUGUAGAUGAAACUUAACUUAGGAGGGGGGAACUUCUUUUCUCAGGCCUCCAGGUAAAUCUGUUCCCCUCAUAAUGAUCACAUUAACAUACAUCAACAGCAUCACUACUGCUUUAUACAUUGCUAGAUUGUUAUAUACAGGGGCAGAACCACCUUUCUCAGGCCUCCAGGGAAAUCAGUUCCCCCUGUGUUCUCAGUGUAAACAACUGGUGUAUAGAUGAAGCUUGUUACACAUCAUGAUCACUGUAAAAUAAUAAAUGAAAGAUGAGUAUCCUAAAAUUA